UACACACACACACAGACGCACCCCCAGUCUGUGCUCACGCCCCACAUUCUUCGUUCCGGGUUGCCUCGCUUCCUCAUCGCCACCGGCAGCUCCAGUGACACGACCGGCUCGCUCGUCACACGCCCGGCGAGACACGCGGAGACAGACACCUGGGAGACACGGAGACACUUGGGAGACACCUGGGAGACACGGAGACAGACACCUGGUGGGAGACACGGAGACAGACACCUGGUGGGAGACACGGAGACAGACACCUGGUGGGAGACACCUGGGAGACACCUGGGAGACGAACGGAGACAGACACCUGUGCGAGACAGAGACACGGAGACGCGGAGACUACACCUGGGGGACACGGAGACACCUGGGAGACACGGAGACAGACACCUGGAUCACAACAUGGCUCCACAGCUGCUCAACCUCACCUCGUCACCCCUCUUCCUCCUCCUCCUGCUGAUGUCAUCAGCAACCUCCUCCUCCUCCACCACCUCACCACCACCACCACCACCAUCGUCAUCAUCGCCACCACCACCAUCGUCAUCAUCGCCACCACCACCAUCGUCAUCAUCGCCACCACCACCAUCGUCAUCAUCGCCACCACCACCAUCGUCAUCAUCGCCACCACCACCAUCGUCAUCAUCGCCACCACCACCAUCGUCAUCAUCAUCGCCACCACCAUCGUCAUCGUCACCACCACCACCAUCGUCAUCAUCAUCGCCACCACCAUCGUCAUCGUCACCACCACCAGCACCAUCGUCAGCUCCGGCAACGCCUCUCCCCAGCAGCCCGGCUAAUCCGGCGACGACGAUCGCCCAAGCCGACCCCGGCGCGCCCGCCGGGAAUUCUACCGCGGGCGGGAAUGUCACGGUGCCGGUGGUGCCGGCAGCGGUGCCGGUCGGCGCAGAGCCGGUGGGGAAUUCUACGGCAACCGAGCCCGGGCCUUCGGCAAGUCCUCCCGCCGGCGUCAACGCUACGACGGCGGGCGCCAACGCUACCGCCACCACCACCGCCGCCGGCACUAAUGUCACCACCACCGCUGGCACCAAUGCCACCACCACUACUGGCACGAACGCCACCACCACUACUGGCACGAACGCCACCACCACCAUCGGCAUCAAUGUCACCACCACUACUGGCACGAACGCCACCACCACUACUGGCACGAACGCCACCACCACCGCCGGCACCAACGCCACCACUGCCACUGGCACCAAUGCCACUACCGCCGUCGGCACCAACGCCACCACCAACGCUACCAACGCCACCCCCGCCACCACUGCCACCACCGCCACCACCAACGCCACCACCAAUGCUACCAACGCCACAACCGCCACCACCGCCACCACCGCCACCACCAACGCCACCAUCAAUGCUACCAACGCCACAACCGCCACCACCGCCACCACCGCCACCACCAACGCCACCACCGCCAUCGGCACCAACUCCACCACCGGCACCGCCGCCACCGCCACCACCACCGCCGCCGCCGCCACCACGACGGCGCCCACCACGGUGAAGAACAGCACGGCAAGCGGCGAGGAACUUCCCGGUGAGACUCAGCGCCGGGGGUUCCUGAUGGCCGAUGUCGCGCAACCGACCGGCGCGCUGACCCAGAUGCUCACCUCCCUCUCCAGCAGCCGCACGCCCACGCUGCCCGCCUCCGAAGGCAAAGAGAUCACCCCACCGGUGGCCAUGAGAUGUUGA